AUGAACAAAAUCAUAGACAUUGGAAACAUUUUCCCUUUUGUGUUGACUGAAGAAAAUGAGAAUAAAGAACUAAUUAAAUUUGAGGAGAAAAAUCAUGUCAAAACUGGAGAAAAUCCUUUGAGUUGCUCUCAGACCAAACAUAAAAUUUUAAAGAAAAAAAGAGCCAAUACAUCUUUCAUAUGCACUCAGUGUGGGAAGAGUUUCACAUACAAAUGUUUUCUUGAUGUUCACAUGAGAGUUCAUACUGGACAGAAACCGUUCACUUGUGAUCAGUGUGGAAAGAGUUUUGCACAAUCAGCACACCUUAAGGAACACAUGAACAUCCACACUGGAGGGAAGCCUUACACAUGUGAUCAAUGCGGAAAAACAUUUUUGUGGUCUUCAGUCCUGAAGAUGCACCUGAAAUUUCACACAAAAGAAAAGCCAUAUUCAUGUUAUUUAUGUGGAAAGAGUUUUUCACGUCUAGGAUAUUUAAAAAUACAUCAGAAAAUUCAUACUGGUGUGAGAGAGUACAUGUGCUUUGAGUGUGAGAAGACUUUUACAAGAGCCAGUGAUUUAAAAGUGCACCAGAGGAUUCACACUGGAGAAAAACCUUACAAGUGUUCACACUGUGACAAGAGAUUCAGUCAGUCAGCAAAUCUGAAAACACAUGAGAGGAUCCACACUGGAGAAAAAUCACAUCAGACCACUGCACGUGGGAAGCAUUUCAAACAUUCAUCUUCUCUACACAAGCAAACAAAAAACAAUCACAGUAAGUAG